AUGGUUCAAGUAUCUGAAAUGUGUGGUGAAAACACUGAAUACUCAUCCAAUUUAUUGCCAGUGUGCGUUAUAAAUUCAAUUUUGAGCGCAGUGACAAUUUUUGGUAACUCGAUGAUACUCUUGGCAAUUUUCAAGACUCCUGGCCUACGAACAAAUUCGAACUUUUUUAUUGCAUCGCUUGCCGUUGCUGAUUUUUUCGUCGGUUUGGUUAUGAACCCGCUCUAUGCUGUUAAAGCGGGGAUGGCUGUCGACGACAACUCGCACCCUCUAACCAUUGCAGCAGCGGUCGUAACCUUACAAACACUGACAGCUACAACAUACAACUUAUGUUGUGUGAGCAUCGAUCGAUAUCUGGCCAUAGUUGCCGUAUUCCGAUAUGAAAGCUACGUGACAACCGAAAGAUGUUUACGCUUUAUAGGUUUGGUGUGGGUUUGUUCUUUUAUUGUACCUUUGCCACGACUGUUUAUUACAGAAUUUCAUGCUCUUCCCAGGUUGUGGCUUGUUUCUUAUAUCGUGGUGUUUAUCGUACCGUUGUCAGGAAUCUCAUUUUGUUAUUUCCAUAUCUACAAAACUGCUUCAGCGCAAGCGCGAAGAAUUGCUUGUGAACACAUCGUGGACAGACGAGAGGCGGUUAAAAUUCGUAAAAACCGGAAGGCCACUUGGACAGCGGCUCUAGUCAUCGGAGCAUGCUUUGUGUUGUGGUUUCCAUCUUGUAUUUUGUCUUUUGUUCAAGCUUUAACGUCAGACGAAUGUUUAAAACACCGAAUUGACUCCAGUACAUGGUUCUGGGUUGAUACUCUCGCUUUCGCCAGUUCCGCGUUGAAUCCGUGGAUCUACUUUUUAAGAUCGAGGGAGUUUAAGCAGGCCUUGAGGAGAGUUGUAGUUCAGAGUGGGGUGUACUGCAUGACAUGUAAAUGUCACGGUAUGAAGGUUGACGUUGUUACGGCCACUGAUGAAGAAAUUCGAACAAGAGAUAAAGAACAGAAAAGCACAAUGAAUCCUCAGCAUCUUUCUUUAGCUGUCUCCUGAAUGUAUGGUUCAGUUUUGUACGAUUGUGGAGGUUUAGAUCUGAACAUCUCCUGUCUGGAACAAUUCAGGGCAAUCGACUUUGCUUUUUAAGAACACUGUGACAAGUAAAGCCUUUUACAGAUGUGAAACUUAAUUCAGUAAAUGCUUAUUACUAAAAAGAGUUACAAUAGUGUUUAGUAGAGGAUAAAUCACUUGGAACGAAAACGACCGUGCAGAAAACCGUGGAAUGCCAUGACCCGUUUACACAAAACUCUGGUUUAUUUAAUCGUCGCGUAAGCUAAAAUUAUCCUAUGAAAAUUAUCCAUAUUAGCCCCUUGACACUAUACUAUAUGUUGUGUAAAUCAAUCGGUGAAGAGAUGUCGAUGUUUUGUAUUUUAGCUCACCUGGAGGCUAUGGGUAUCUGGAUGGUGAUUCCUCGACUCAUAUCAUCACGAAUAAUGUCUUUUCUUCGUUUAAUUUCCAAGAAAUGCUCAAUGAUAAUUAUAUUCUUUUGAAAAUCUAUGAACACUACGCCAAAAUCAUGCAAGCAAGUUUUAAUGAAUAAAUCUCAUAAUAUCUCCCAGCCUUUCCAUCGGAAAUAUGCUAACAAUUGUUCCAACGUUAAUAGAUGUGCUAAAAGUAUCUUCUUUCCAGUCUUUAUUUUAUCAACUUGGAUUACUGUUAGGGGUGUCGCGUUUUAAAAAUACACCCUAAUAUUAAAGUCUUGAUAACUGAAUGGCUGUGUACGACUAAGUAACGGAGACGUUAGUCUAUGCUUUCGUAACGUCCCGCAUCGACUAUUACAAUAGCCUAUUGCAUGGACUGCCAAACAUCCAGGUUGCGAAAAUUCAGAGAGUUCUGAAUGCUUCCGCUAGGCUGGUAUGUAAUGUAUAUAUGGCUAUAUCGAUAUUAUCCAUUCCUUGCGGUACUGUAAAGCGCACUUGCAUCGCAAUCACAAGCGUGUGGUUUUUCGGCUUUACACUGAACGCAAUUUCCUUUUCCCUAGACAAUGAAGACCUGCCAAAACUGUGAGUUUCCUUUGGGACGCUUACAGGACUUUUCCCCAUAGUGAUCGUUUUCUACCGCUAUGGGAAACUAUGAAAACUGCGCAUAACGAGUCGAGGAGAGUCACUGCCGCAGAGAACAGCGUCUCGGUUUUCUUACGAGACAAAGAGUGCUCGGAAGCUAACAAAAACUUCAAUCCCUACUACGGCAAUAGCUGUGCUAGUGGCUGUUUUUCUGUCUACGCCGGUGAGUGCUGUCAGUAUUCUAGAGAUUGGUAA